AUGGUGACAAAAGAGGCUGAAAAUCAGAUUGUCACAAAAAACCCAAAAAACCCACGAAUAGGAUCUGGAGAGAAGGAAGCAACGCAAGUAAAACAUAAGAAAUUGGAAUCGUCGGGUUUAACAGAGAAAGAAAAGGCUUUGAUUCCAAUUGAUGUAGUGCAUGAUGACUCCAUUCCUCGAGAGUUGGAGAAGAAGGUAACUCUUGAGAAAGAUGUUGCCGGAAAAAAACAGAUUGCAGAUUGCGGGAAAGGAAAUGGUUGUCAAAAUUGGUUUGACAUUCUAGCAGAAGAUAGCGCUGAUGAUGAGGAGUUAAAUAUAUUGGCUGAUCAACUGGUAGUUGUGAUGCCUGAUCAACAGGUUGCUGCUGUUGCUGCUACUUCUCCGACAAUUGCUUCUUCAUCCUUGGUUGUAAAUGGAAGCAAACUUUUAUUAUUCGCAACUGUCCAUCAUUCGACAGUGGUGGACUGCCGACGGGAAACUGGACGGGCAACAGAAGGGCAUGAAAUCCCGCAGUUAUCGCAAUCUCCUUCCAACCUGCAACGAAAUCCCAUUGAUGCCCCAGUCAGCGCUCAAAUCUUUCCAAUUUUUUCAAAUGCGGAACAGAGGCUACCUUCUCCAUCAGAUAAGAGUAUUACAGUUUUAAAUUCAUAUUUUCAUAGUUUAGACGUGGAAAAUUUGGAGUCCAAAUCAAUGCAACCGUAUUCUACUCCCUCAAAUCCUGAACAUGUUUCCUCUCCAAAUAACUCUUCAUCUUCAGCGCCUCAAAUUGAUCCAGAAGCCAAAUUGAAGUCCAAUUCUACCCAUUCCAAUAAUGAAGAUUCAUUUUCCACAUUAAAUCCCGCAGCUCCUGAAUUUUCCUAUUCCCCUCGACCACAAGAGCCUCUCCUUGAAGUUCUACUUCUAAUUUCAGACCCAAUCGUGGCAGAAAAACCUAAUCAGUUUUUAUCCAAGGAUGAUAUGGAAUUUGUGAAGAAUACUGAGCCUAUUAACAAAAUUUAUUUGAUUGAAGAUAUACAGUCUGAAGGUGGACUAAAUCAUGCUUCCAACGACUUUGAUGAAGAUGAUUUCGAUAUGGAAUAUGCACUGGAGCAAGAGUCUUUAUAUAGUGAAAUUUCUACACCAACAUAUCACAAACAUUCAAAAAAAGCCAAGUCGAAAAAGAGAGUUCAAGUUCGUCGGUUUGCUCUAUUGAACAAGAAUUCAGCUUUACAUAAAGAUUAA